GGCCCGAAUUAAAUUAUUUGAACCAUAUUUUCCUGAAUUAAAUGCUUUUCAAAAUAAGUUAGAGAAACAUAUAAUUUGUGAAAAGCACUAUAAUCAAAUUUUUGUGAAAGAUACUUAUUUAAACCAUUUAAAAAAUAGAUCGUUAUCUUAUCCAAGAAAGCAAAGUCGCAAUUUUAAUACCUUAAAUUUGAAUGAUAUACAAAUAGAACCUUCAACAACUAUCGAUAUUGGAAUUUAG